AUGUCUCAACAAUCCAACUCUUCUCCUUCCAAGAACAUGCCUUGUUCUCUUAGCGCUGAACCAAGCAACCCUAACAGAGAAGAUCCUGUUGCUGACUCUGCGAAUACCCCACAUGCAAGAAGACCUAAAGAAACUGUAUCAGGCUUCUCCUCAGCCAUCGCUCUUGAGGAACGAACCAAAGAAGGUUCCAGGUAUGUUCACAAUGCCAUUGCCACUAUGGUGUCUGGAAAUCUUAAGGUCCUUGGGGUUUCCAUUCCCUUAAACACUAUUAAACCUGAUAGUGUUGCUCAUCAAGAAAAUACUGAAUCUUUAGGAAAGAAUAUCUCUGAUGAUGUUGAGCAAACUGAUGCUCAUAAGGAGUCAAAUGUUGAAAAACCCUUAGAUAAUGUGGCUAGUGAGGAAGUUCAUGUCACUCAUGAUGUCAGUGACAACCCUAACUGUGAGGCUGAAACAGUAGACCUGGAGGAAUUUUCUGAUAAUGAGGUGUUGUCCUCAGUUCUCCCUAGCAUAGCCAAAAGGGUUAGGACUAGGAGAGAAAAGAAAACUGUGGCUCAAAGGUCCCCCAGAAAGAAGAUUGAUGUUCCAACCUCUUCCAAGACAAAGGUGGCAGUCGAGAGUUCCCUCAAGAGGAAAGAUGUUCCUUAUAAUGUCUCUGACAUUCUGUCAAAGAAGAAGCUAACCACUAGCAAGCUUGCAGCUAGUGUCCCUGAGGUACCAAUUCACAACAUAUCUUUUCAUUUUGCUUCAAGUGUAAACAGGUGGAAAUAUGUUUAUCAGAAAAGGCUGGCUUUGGAAAGGGAAUUAGCUCAGAAUGUCCUAGACUGUAAGGAUAUUAUGGACCUUAUUCAAGAGGCUGGUUUAAUGAAGACUGUGACUCAGUUCUCAAAGUGCUAUGAGAUGUUGGUAAAGGAAUUUAUUGUUAAUUUGUCUGAAGAAUGUGCUGAUGGCAAGUCUAAGGAAUUCAGGAAAGUGUAUGUGAGAGGCAAGUGUAUAAAUUUCUCUCCUUCAGUGAUCAACAAGUAUUUGGGAAGGCCUGAUGAAGCUCAACCCGAGCUUGAGGUGACUAACAACAAAAUCUGUCAAGUCAUAACUGCUAAUCAGGUAAGGAAGUGGCCACUCAAAGGAAAAUUGGUGGCAAGUAAACUGAGUGUCAAGUAUGCAAUGCUGCACAAGAUUGGAGUUGCUAACUGCGUGGCCACCAAUCAUAAAUCUACAGUUGCUGUAAUGCUUGGAAAGUUUAUAUAUGUUGUUGGAACCAAAGCCAAAUUUGACUAUGGCUCCUAUAUAUUUGAUCAAACUUUGAAGCAUGCAGGAAGCUUCAGUGUGAAGGGUCCUAUAGCCUUUCCUUCUCUCAUCUGUGGUAUUGUUUUGAAUCAGUUUCCAAACAUAACUGAGAAUGAUUCUGUGAAGAAAAGAGACAGACCUAUGGCUUUCAAUCAUAAGUUGUUCCUAGGUACCCAUGUCCCUGACAUUGUUAUGACAUCAAGUGAGACAUCACGUGUAAGCAAUCAGCCAGGCAAAGUUGUUGUCAUUGCAAUGCUCAAAGAAACCUGCAGGGAAUUAGAGGCAAGGAAGCUGAAGUUGGAAAAAUUGAUUAGCUCUUUGGAGAUGACUAAAGGUGAUGUGCUAGCUGAUGGUGGAGAAUUUGGUGAAGCUGCUGCUGUUGCAGAAGAAGCUGAAAGACAAGGUGAAGAGGGAGAAGCAGAUGCCAGUCCUGAAGAUGGCACAGAUGAUGAUGCUGACUCUGAGUCAGAUGACUAG